ACCUCUGAAAGCCCAAAUGUUAAAACCUCUGAAUGCCAAACGUUCUCUACCAUAAGCACGCAGGCCGCUCCGCAGCACAAAGAGAAGCUAAGGACUUGGAGAGUCUCACUCUCUCUUCGGAUUUGCAUUGGAAUCCAGGAGUACGAACGCGAAGGAUUGAUUUGGGGAUCAAUGGCAUCGAAGUUGCGUCAGUUGCAAUCUAAGGCUUGUCAAGCAACACAAUUUGUGUCCCAACAUGGAGGUACCUACUACAAGCAGUUGUUAGAGCAGAACAAGCAGUACAUUCAGCACCCACCAACCGUGGAGAAGUGCAACGAGUUGUCCAAGCAAUUGUUUUACACUCGACUUGCUAGUAUUCCUGGUCGUACCGAGUCAUUCUGGAAGGAAGUUGAUUAUGUCAAGCAUUUGUGGAAGAAUAGGAAGGAGUUGAAGGUUGAAGAUGCUGGAAUUGCUGCUUUGUUUGGGCUGGAAUGCUUUGCAUGGUUUUGUGCCGGUGAGAUUGUUGGAAGGGGAUUUACUUUCACCGGUUACUAUGUCUAAGAGCAACCAUAAGGUAAAUGUUUCUUGGGAUUGCACGUGUAAGCCUUUCUCGUCAUUUGUGGUUGAUCUGAACCGCGAGUACUGUACUUGAAAUUUUUCGUUUUCCUAGUCGAAUUUUUGAAGCUGAGAAAUCGGUGGGCAAGUUUGACAGCCAUAAUAAUCAAAUGUAUCUGAAAGUAACUUGAAUGGGAUGUUGUUCGGUUA